CUUCGUUCGUCGCUGUGGACUGUGGUGUUGUAUGAAAAACGGUAUCGUUGAGAUUAUCUACAGAAAGUGUUGAUUAUCUUGCUAUAUAUCUUCCACAGCAUGACUUGGAAACAGAAUCCUCUGCCUGACAAACCUGAAAUCCCAGUGCGGUUACCCCGAGAAGCUGGGGGACAGGGCACACUUGGCAGGCCUGUAAAUCUAAGAUCUAAUUAUUUCCAAGUGGAAUUUGUGGCAAAGGGAACACAGCUAUUUCAUUAUGAUGUGAAAAUAAAUGAUGCUGUCAAAGAUGAAGAUGAUGAAAAAGGGGCAACAGCUGCUCCUCUGCCAGUUGGACUUCCCAAACCUGCAGCUGCUGAAGAAACUGGUGGCAAAGGCAAAAGGCGCAAAAAAGGGCGCGGCAAAGGCCAAAAAGACAGUGAAGCAACUGAGACGGGCACUAAAGAGGAAGCAAUUGCUGGAGUGGCUGCAGUUGGGGGGUCACCAGAUCGGGAGAAAAUGACGGAGCGACGGAUCCCCAAAGCCAAGCGUUGCAGGAUCUUUGCCAAUUUUAUUGAAGAAAAUCCUGGGAUAUUUAGCAACUACAGAAUGGCCUAUGACGGCGAGGCCAAUGCAUAUUGCUCAAAGAAUCCCAGCCAAUUUGUUCUGAAUCAGCCAGUCAAGUUUUUCUACAUCUUUGAUGACAAAGUAGACAAUAGGAAAAAGAAGUACUUGAUCGAGUGGAAGCUUGUUCAGAGCGCAAAGAUAUCAGAAUUGCUGGAGCAUCUGCCAAGACUCAAGGCCUUGCCACCCAGGAGCGCCACCAUCUUCCAGAUGCUGGAAGUGAUGUUCAACUAUGAACGAUCCCUCAAAUUUGCAACAGUUGGCCGCAACCAGUUUUAUUCACAAGAGAAUCCUCAGUUCGGCCAGAACUACCAAAUUAGCGGCGAUAAAGAAGGCGUGAUCGGAUUUUACUGUUCACUGAGAGCGCGGUGUGGGUGGAAAGACACAGGUUGUCUUAUGCUCAAUCUUGAUGUCUCCCAUACGGCCUUCUACACAGUACAACCACUGUUGGCUUUCCUGCAAAAUACGUCAAUUAUUGGCCCCGGGAUCCCAAGAACCCUUGACCGGCGUGCCAUUGAUGCCAUUGAAAAGGAAAUUGUGAAGAAAGACGUGCGGAUCGUGACAACUCACGGCCUCUACAAGCGCCGCUACAAAGUGACGGGCGUGAGUAAGAAAAACAGUUUGACGCACACCUUCACGGUGGAGAAGGAAGGCGUCAGCCGGCAAGUGAACAUCGUCCAGUACUUUCAGGACCAAUACAAGUACAGGAUACAGUAUCCCGAGUUGAAUUGCAUCAAAGUCGGAACCAAGGAGACAUUACUUCCAAUUGAGGUGUGCACAAUUGCACCUAACCAGCGUAUUAAAGGCAAGCUCAAAGACGACGAGACUGCUAAUUUCAUCAAGCAGACGGCAGUGAAGCCCCAAUUGCGUUUCCAGCAAGUGAACAAUAUUGUGGCAGCAAACAAAUUUCCUGAGGACAGGAUGCUGGAGAGUCUCGGUGUACGCAUUAAGGCAAACCCUGUGGACUUCAAAGGCCGCGUCUUGGAUCCCCCCGUCGUGGAGCUGAUGGGCGGCGCCAAGCCCCGCGUGGAGCGCGGCCAGUGGAGGGCAGACCGGGACGGCUUCUUGCUGCCCGCCGCCCUCGAUCAUUGGGCUGUCCUCAACUUCAGCCGCACCAGAAGCCUUGAUGACUUCAUUGACGCGGUGAUGACGACUGCGCGUCAACGAGGUAUGAAAGUCCAGCAGCCCUACCACGUGAGCCAGCAGCUGCGACCUGAGGAGGCUGAAAGGAGGCUCAUUGAAGCGCAUUCCAAGAACAAGGAUGUUAGAAUUAUCGUCUGCGUCAUCGAGAAAGGAGGAGAUCAGUACAAGAUCAUCAAGGAGACCGGUGAUCGAGUGUUGCGUGUGAUCACUCAGUGCGUUCUGUCCAAAAACGCCUACCGCCCAAACCCAGCCACUAUUGGCAACAUCCUGCUCAAGAUGAACGCCAAGCUCGGAGGAAUCAAUCAUAAAUCUUUCUAUGCUGCUCAGCCGUAUCAUCAGCUGUUCGCCGAGCCCAUCCUCGUGAUGGGCGCGGACGUGAACCACCCGCCAUCGCAAGACCGGUCAACGCCGUCGCUGGUGGCGGUCGUGGGGUCGCUUGACCCAAACGCUUGCCGCUACGCCGUCGAGGUGCGCCACCAGGCCCACAGGGUCGAGAUGAUUGAGGAGAUGAAGCUCAUAACAAUGAACCUGUUGAAGCAGUUCUUCGCACAGACCAAAAGGAAGCCCACCCGCAUAGUGAUGUACCGCGAUGGUGUGAGUGAGACGCAGUUCAACGCUGUCGUUGCCUACGAACUGCGCGCCAUGCGACAGGCGUGUCUCGAGCUACAGCCUGACGGCGAAUACAAACCAACCAUGACCUUCAUCUGCGUGCAGAAGCGUCACCAUACACGACUGUAUGCGGCGGAUUCAAGGGACACCGAUAGGUCUGGCAACGUGCUGGCCGGCACCGUCGUGGACCACACCAUUACCAGCCUAUCCAACCGGGACUUUUUCCUUUGCAGUCAUGCUGGCAUACAGGGGACGAGCAAGCCGUCCCAUUACACGGUACUGUGGGACGACGCGGACAUGCACAUGAACCAGCUACAGCUCCUGACGUACUCCCUAUGUCACAACUACGCGCGCUGCUUCAGGAGUGUGUCCAUACCGACACCCGUGUACUACGCGCAUCUUGCCGCCGCCAGAGCGAAGGUGCACUUGGCAGGAGCCCAAUGCAAGGAUCCUGGGAGGUGGGGGCUGCUGGCGCUCAACAGCUCUACUGGCUCCUUCAACGAGGAUGACUUGAUAGAAGCGACGCGCGUCGAGCGCGGCACGCCUGGUCUUAGUAACCAAAUGUUCUACCAGUGAAUUGGUCGAAAAGAAACCCGUUUAUUUUUAUAGCUUCAUGAGCUUUUUUCGAUUGAUUCGACACUUGUUGACUUGAUGGAAAAGAAACCCGUUUAUUUUUAAAGCUUCUUUAGUUUUUUCGAUUGAUUCAACACUUGAAUAUUGGUGAAAAAUAAACCCGUUUAUUUUCAAAGCUUCAUUAGCUUUUUGAAUUAGUGUUUUCUGUAGUGUUGAAUUAGUGUUUACUUAUAUGUGUUUAUUUGUAACUUGGUUGUUUUGUGGCAUUAAGAAACUAUAGUUUUGCUUUCACUUCAUAGUGGCUUAAAACCAUAGAGAGGCUCGUUUCGCCAAAAAAUAUGAUUUUAUUGAAUUUUUGACUCUGGAACUUGUUUUAACACUAGGUACUUCAGUGAUAUUCCUCUGACAGGAGAAUAGGUAAGUUUCUUAACGAACUACUAGGUUUUGCCUCGCCUUGAAUGAUCUUAAUCUCUUCUGGUCAUGUUUUUAUAUUUUUUUUAACUCCAGGGGUAUUCUUUUCUAUUGGACAGAAGUUUUUUUUUAAGAUUCCAUAGCGGCUGUGGUACGUUUUUAUUUAAAUAUAACUGCUUUUAGAUGUGUACUGAUCGAUAACAAAUGUCAUGAAAUAACAUAGUUUAUCUGCUCAGAUUAAGAUCCGUUGUCUCUCAGCGAGACUCAUCUUGAUAGAUGUUUUAUCUUCUGUAUUUAAAUAGUCGCGCUCGAGUGAGCAGCGUCACUUCUGUUUCGGCCUGAAAUGUGCUCCUAGUAUAACCAAAUAUAUAAGCUUUUGAGAUGGU